AUGUCCUCAAGGCAUCGCAAUGCCUCGGAGGACAAGCUACCCAUGUUACCUAUGCCUCCAAACUAUACCCCUGCGGUGUCCUCACAUUCGAGUUAUGGUGUCCAUGAUCAUUUUUAUCGUCAUGGAGAUUAUGAUUCAAUGAUUCCAGAAUCCUUAGGGGGAUAUAGGCCACCUGGCCAAAUUCACGAUGAACAUUAUUCACCAAGCGAGCACUCCUUCACAGGAGACAGCUCAACGUCACACAGCUCUAGCUCGCAUCACUCAGCAUAUAUGCGUGAACUUGAGUCAUGGAAUGACUUGUUGAAGGAGAAUAAUACCAAUUUGGAGGCCCGUAAUCAGCUUCUCCAGAUCAAACUCAGUCAACUUGAAGGAGAGCUCGAAAAUUCCAAGUGCAUGUACGACAAGCUUCUCGAUUGUCUCAACUCCCUCUCUACUACCACUCCUCCACCAUCAAUGGUUCCAAUUUCAGACCCGUUCAUUGCUGUUGUACAAGCAUCACACUACCAUGAUGUGGUGUACUGGAACCGUGAUAAAUACAUGGACGAUUAUGACAAUGGUCGUGGCACCUUACGGACACAUGCUAACGACAGUUCUGGGAAACACGGCUUCCUGGAAGAUGAAGAUGGUGUUAUAUGCUCACAAAAGCGCCAGCAAGAGAUGCACAAAUAUCAAAUGCAAUUGUGGCACACACUUCGACGAUACAAUCAUGCACCUGUUACUUGGAUGAAAAUUGACUCGCUUGCAGCCGAAUAUUUUCGGUGCUCCAUGCGUACAAAGUUUAUUGAGCUUUGCUUGUGCCACAGAGACUGGAAGACCGACCUCCUUGCCAUAUGCCACUACUCUCAGUGGAGCGACCGUCCACGCACUGAUGACAUGAUUAUAAUCAAACAAGAAGCCCCCAAUUGUCGUGUGAAGCAGGAAUUUCAACCGUCUUCAACCAAACGCCCUGCCUCUCUCACAUUGCUGAAGCCCGCACAUGCAGAUAAAAAAACCCAUGCCUUGUUCACUAAUUCAAACGUGAAGCUACCACGAUCGACGUCAACCACGACUCAUUCUAGGAUUGCAGUACCUGUCGUCCACAGUGAUGCAUUUGACCAUGUCAUGGCUCCUUCAUUGAUACAUCCCGCAAAGUCGCUACCUGAGAAGAACAGCCCCAAUAUCGAUACUAUGCCCAAUGAAGGCUCUUUGCCUACUGUAUCUCCCAGCAUCACAAUGCCGAAUUCAUGCAGUACAGUACCCCAGCCUCUCAAAAUCAUCAGUGCAUUGGACAAUGUGUUUGAUGGUGACACGGAGCAACACAACACCAUAAUGAAUAGUGCAGCACUUGCAUCAACCAGCCUGGCCGAGUUACUCGAGAAAAAAACUGUUUCUGAUCGUACCAACCUUCCUGUUCCCCCUUCUGCUACAUCACGACUAGCAUUUCUUGAAAGCCUCCAUUCUGCUCUUACUACAUCAGCCAAAGGCUCUAUCACACCAUCGAGUAGCAUAACCCAACCAGAGAACAUCGCAUUGUCAACUGUGACUGCUGCAGCCAUCAAAAAUGGCAGGAACACUACCAACACUCAAGCCGAAUAUCGACCAAAUAAGUCUUUCACUGCACGCAAUUUGUGCGGGAUCGAGUGGAAGAAGUCUCAUAAAAAGGGUACCGCCGGUGAAUUUGCUACGUACUGGACUUCGCUGCCAGAAGAGCAAAAAGAUGCUAAAUCGAGCGUGUCUGCGUCCCUCAGAGUCGCUGGUGUCGAUACCACCCCACUACCACUUGCAGCCAUGUCUUCGGUAUCCUAG